CUUUUUUGCCCUCCACUCUCUCUCUCUCUCUCUCUCUCUCUCUCUCUCUUACUUUUUUCCAUUCUCUCCAUUUUCCUUUUGUUGAUCGGAAGGAAAUAUCAGAUAUAGUAGUGGGAAAUGGAGGAGCGGUUGGCGGAGCUGAACCCUCGGACCUGCGUGGUCCUGGGCGGGCGAGGAUUCCUUGGGCGAUCGCUGGUCCAUAGGCUCUUGACCCUCGGCAAGUGGAUCGUGCGAGUCGCCGAUUCUGCUCAGUCCCUCCACCCCGACCCCUCCGACGACCACCACGACUCGCUCCUCUCGCAAGCACUCUCUUCCGGUCGCGCUUCCUACCACCGCGUCGACGUUCGCGAUUAUUCUCAAAUCGUCAAAGCAAUUGAAGGUUCGUUUGUUGUGUUCUAUAUGGAUGAUAUCAACUUACAAAGAGAUGAUAUUUACAAUUGGUACAUGAUUAUAGUUCAAGGUGCAAAAAAUGUCAUUAAUGCUUGCCGAGAGUGCAAAGUUAGAAGGCUAAUAUACAACAGUUCUGCAGAUGUAGUAUUCGACGGUUUACAUGAUAUAAAUAAUGGAGAUGAGUGCUUGACAUACCCUUGGAAAUUUGAGGACAUGAUGAGUGACCUUAAGGCUCAAGCAGAAGCACUGGUCCUGUUUGCUAACAACAUUGAUGGCCUCCUAACAUGUGCACUUCGUCCUAGCAACGUCUUUGGACCAGGAGACACACAGCUUCUGCCAUUGUUAGUUAAUUUAGUGAAAUCUGGUUGGGCAAAGUAUAUUAUAGGGAGUGGUGAAAACAUGUCCGACUUCACCUACGUCGAGAAUGUUACUCAUGCCCAUAUCUGUGCAGAAGAAGCUUUAGAUUUUCGGAUGGUCUCUGUGGCUGGAAAGGCAUUUUUCAUCUCUAAUAUUGAGCCUAUGAAGUUCUGGGAAUUUGUAUCUCGCAUAUCAGAAGGCUUGGGAUAUCAAAGACCAUUUAUAAAAGUUCCUGUCACGGUAGUUGGGUAUAUUCUGUUGAUUUUCAAAUGGAUGCAUGGAAAACUGGGCUUCAAAAAAUACAACCAUUCUGUAUCAGCUUAUUACAUCCAAUUAGCCUCACGCACUAGGACAUUUGACUGCACUGCGGCUCAAAAACAUAUCGGAUACUCACCAGUAGUCUCCCUAGAAGAGGCUGUCACUUUAACAAUUGAUUCUUUGUCCCAUUUAACCAAAGACUCAUAUUAUGCAAGAUACAGUGCCUUCGAUGAACAAUCAAAAGUAGAAAAGUUGCUGGGCAGCGGGGAAGUGGCAGACAUUUUGCUGUGGAGAGACGAGAAGAAGACGUUUACAUAUUUCCUUGCUCUGGUUCUGUUGUUUUACUGGUUUUUCCUCUCUGGAAGAACUUUCAUGUCAUCUAUUGCCAAGCUUCUGCUGCUGAUUAAUGUUGUCCUUUUUGGAUACGGUAUCCUAUCAUCAAAAACCAGAGUUGGUAUCACUUUUCAGAGAAUAUCUUCCUCUUGUUUUGAGAUCUCAGAAACGGUGGUGAAAGAUUCAAUUACAACCCUGGCAUGUCUUUGGAACAAUGGGGUCCAACAUAUACGAUCAUUGUCUCAAGGAGAGGAUUGGAGUAAUUUCUUCAAGGUAACAGUUUCUCUCUAUUUUCUGAAGUUGAUUUUGCGAUCCUUGACUGCAGUGAUUGGCGUAGCACUGGUGUUUGCUUUCACUGUGUUCUUUGUUUAUGAGCAAUAUGAAACGGAAAUUGAUGGGUUUGCAAAGGUUCUGUUCAACCGUAUAGAGGAAUCAAUGGGAUUGUUGACAAGGAAUUUAUCGGCUUCUGGAUCAUCAUUUCUUCUGAAGUGUGAUAGGUUUCAUAGAAAUAAAGUGCCUGCUGCAGUACAGCAUCAGAGAUAGCUGACAUGGGACUUGGGAGCUUUGCAGCUAAGUUUUAAUUCAUUACGUGCCAUCUGCUAGCUUAGUUAGGCUUCGUAUCAACCUACAGAGAUAGGGUUGUAUGUCCCCAGCACAAGAGAAAGGGCUUGCUGCUUAUUUUCUUUAACACUGCUAUAUUUCAAAAAGUUAGGGUGUAGAUAUCCAUUCCUUUAACAAAUUUGUGAUGUGACAAAACACUUGAACAAAAAGUUGAAAUAUGAUCACUAAUUGCUUGCACAAGGAUUAACAGCUUUUGUCGGCUUACCUUCCAAUUGCUGAUGUAUUAUCUACUAGCUCAAUCAAGCCUCAUAUUAAGAUAAGAGAGGUUGGCAUUCUGGUCCAAAUUAUAUGCUUGGGAGUGGUUGACAUACUGUAAAAUUGGUUCAUAAUUAGAUGAAACAAUUCUAAAAUAAAAACUACUAGUAGUUCAUUUUGAACUGGUUUUGGUUUA